GCCCCGCUCUCGCUGGCUGUUGGUUCCGGCCGGGCCUGAAGUUGAGGUGGCUGACGGGGAGGUGCAGUACAAGUCCGCUGGGAGCUCUUAAAGGCGCCGCUCCCGCCGCAAUGCAGUUGACCGUGAAGGCGCUUCAGGGCCGGGAAUGCAGCCUCCAGGUGCCCGAGGACGAGAGAAUCUCCACCCUGAAGCACCUGGUGUACGAGAAGUUGAACAUCCCGGUGGUCCAGCAGCGGCUGUUGUUCAAGGGCAAGGCCUUGGCAGAUGAGCUCCGCCUUUCAGACUACAGCAUUGGGCCAAACUCCAAGAUCAACCUUGUGAUCAAGCUUCCCGAUGAGGGGACUACUCGACAUCCGCCCUCAAAGCCUCAGGUCCAGUCUCAGCCACUCCCCAUCUGGUUGCUGGUCUCUCAGAUCUUGGCUCGACACUUUAGCACAGCUGAUACCAGGAGAGUCCUAGACCAGCUACAGAAGGACUAUGAUCGGAGUCUUCGCCUUCUGAGCUUGGAUGAUAUUGAACGUCUGGCAACCCGUAUGCUCAACUGUACUGUGACUGAGCCUGUGGAAAUUGGCUUCCUGGACUAACUCCCCCCAUUCCCCCCGCCUGGAAAAAAGCAAAACCAAACCGAUCUCUACUAGGGAUGGAUGGAGUAGUGGAGGUUGGCUUUCUGGCCGAAAGCUGACUCUGCCCUCGCUGUCUCCAUCCACCCUCUAGUAGGCAUGGAAGGAAGGAAGGAAGAACGAGGGGAGUAGUAUUAGAAAAGGGGGUUGGCUUUUGUAGUGCAGAGUGGGAUGGUGGUCAGGGACUGCCUGUUACGACACCUGCCCCGCCCCAGUUUUUUUUUUCCCUGGGAUGACUACCGACUUUAUGAUGUCACCGUCAGACUCUGCAUUUCAAGCAUCCUCGGCCCUUGCUCCCAGUGCUGCUUCCCAUUGAACGCAGAAUCAUGGGCUUUUUUCUGAGUGUGACCCUUUUCCCAGCGUGAACAAAACCUAACUGCCAAAGGGCAGCCUUACAGAGAAUCCGAAAGCCUUGGGAGAAGAGAAGCCUUCCUUCCCCAAGCAUGAGAAUUACUAGAGCUGCUGCCUUCCGUGGCAAUGGCCUCGCUUCUUAAGACUCCCCGGCCUCGAGGCUUGGGGCAUUUCAUGUUCCUAUUUAGCCAUCCCCUCUCCUUGGCUGAAGGUGGGGCCCUUCCUAGAUAGCUCUUCUGACUCCCACUCCUGACCCACAAAAGGGGUCAGUGCUUGGGUGAUGGGGCUGUGGUGAAGCUCAGGGUUACUCAUCGCCAUCGUGAGGCCUCACUUUGUGGGUGGUCCUCAGGGGCUUCCCGUCUCAAAGAAAAUCUAGCCUAGACCUAUAAGGCAGCCAUGAAGAGCACAUGGCUCCAAGUGAGGGGACGUGGGGGUGAAGGAGCCCCCAGGGUCUCUCCUACUAGGGAGAGAGAGCCUAGCUUUUCAAACUUUUGCUUCCACUUAAUUAAACGUUAUGCACCUCUA